AUGCACGGCGAGCACAACUACAACAGGGUAUGCCAUGAAGAGACUCCAAAGAUCUCCGAGGUCUCGGCGGAGAGCUUUGCGAUCCUUCGGGGGCAGCGCCGCUCGUCGGUGGAGCGCGGGCCGGGAGUUCUGCUCCUGGCGCCUGAUUGCGGCCCCCCGUGCGCCACGACCGUGGUGACAGCACAGCUCAUCUGGCCUCGGUGCCUCGUGGGGCGGGGAGCCAGCAGCCUCGGCCAGAGCAGGACCCUGAGCUCUAGGUCGCGCCUAGCCCUCGCCUCUCCGAGCGAGGCCGACGUCGAGAGGUUCGUUACCGUCCCAGUCGACUGUGAGCCAAUUGGCGUGCAGAACAGGCGGGGCAGCGCCAAGCACCCCAGGUCUCUCAGCGCUGGUCUUCGCCAGCCCAGCCCCAGUGGAGCCGCCCCCAAGCCGAACCUGCUCGAGGGUAUCUCGCAUAUGGCCACCUUCGUGCGCGUCGCAGGUCCCAUGGGCCCAGUAUCUUCGCGGCGCAACCUGAAGCGGAGGCUCCUGAGCUCAUCCCCGCUGCGGGGGUCGCUGUCCGCCUCCAUUCGAGCGGUCAUCAAGAAGAUCCCCGCUAAGCUGCAGAAGCUGCUGGAGGACAUCGCGGUGAGGAUCGCUCCGUUGAAGGCUCAGGGGAAGUCGCACAAGCCCCGCCUCCAGCCGCAUGGCCCGGGCAUCCAGUCGCACUGCAACGCGCUGGAGUCGCAGAUCAAGCGGGAGGCGACGGACAUUAGCAACCCGCCCUUGGUGCACGGUUUCGGUCUCAGGGGCAACGUUUACGAGUUCGGCCGGGUGGAGAAAUGGGGCCUGGAUCUCGUGGCAAGGGAGAUCAUCAGACUGAACUCUUGGGCGGCCCGCGAGUGGGACCGGGCGACCGGGUCGCAGAACGAGUGGCGGCAGGGCUUCCUGGCGCCGAGCACGCAGAGGGGCCUCCGGUGGCAGCAGAGGAACGCCCAGAGCAGGGAGUGGUCGCAGGUGCAGCCCGUCGACCCUGUCCGCGCCAUGGAGGCGCUCGACGCGGUCAUCGCCGCGGCCGACCGGUCGCUGCCCCCGGGCCCUGGGAGGACCGCCGCCGAGGUGGCGGCCCGGGUGGCGGAGAGCUGCAGGGGGCGGAGCUGGGGCGCCUGA